AUGACACCUCUAGCAGCACUCAUUCAAACAUUAGCCAUUAUCAUUAAACACUGGAUUUAUUUUUUUAUUGAACUGUGCAAAGGUGGUCAUCCAUUAAAAGAUCUAAGCAGGGAAAUUGUUUUAGUCACUGGUGCCGGAUCAGGUCUUGGGCGUGGUUUAGCUCAACGGUUCGCAUCCUUUGGUUGUACGGUAGUUUUAUGGGAUGUAGAUGAAGAAAACAAUAAGCAAACAGCAGAAAUGAUUAAUAAAACUGGUCAAAAGAAUGUACAUGCAUUCAAAUGUGAUUUAAGAAAUAAAGAAGAUAUAUAUCGUUGUGCUAAGAUUAUUCGUGAUACAGUUGGUAAUGUGACAAUGAUCGUCAAUAAUGCUGGUGUUGUGUCUGGAAAGACAUUAAUGGAAACAAGUGAUGAAUUAAUUCAAAGAACAUUCGAUGUAAAUGUGAUAGCACACUUCUGGGUUCUUAAAGCAUUUUUGGGUUCCAUGUUGGAUGAAAAUCAUGGACAUGUGGUUAGUAUUGCUUCCGGUGCAGGAUUGAUAGGUCGGGCUGAAUUACAUCAUCUGAAAAAAACGGGUAUAAAAACGACAGUAGUUUGUCCAUCAUUUAUUAAUACUGGAAUGUUUGAAGGUAUUAAAACAGCUGAAGUAGCCCCAUUAUUAAAUGAAAACGACGUUUGUGAUGAAAUUAUUAAUGCUGUUCGAAAAGAUGAAUACAUGCUUUUAUUACCGAAAACACUAAUUUUAUCCGUUGUGUUAACAGGCAUAUCUCCGACUGCUGCAACCCUCGAAUGUCAAGAUCGUUUGGGUUUAUCUCAUUCAAUGGAUACAUUUCGUGGUCGUCAAAAUUCAUUUACAUUUCUUAUAUCAUUUAGUUUAUGUUUUUGUUUAAAACGUGAUCGUGCAACAUACAGUGUAUCAAGUGGAGGUGGUGUGGUUGCGUUCAAUAAUACCAACACAAAUGUUAUAUCAAGAAAUCAUAACGAUUUAACAAUUGCGCAUGAUACAAUCGAUAACAAUGGACAAAGAAGAUUGUAUUCAAAUGAUAUAGAUGGAUACGACAACAUACUCGGAUCAGGUGAUGGAGAAAUUCGACCGUUACCACCGUCAGUUCAUCGUGAUUCUACAAGUUCGACGGAAGACGGUUAUACGAAAUUAAAGGAAUCAAUAGCAACCGCAACAACAACAACAACAACAAUAAAACCUAGCAUCGAGGAACCACCACUGUAUACUGCUGUGCUGCCUCGCAUGAGGCCACCAGUGCUUGUUAAUAGUAGUAUAAAUAAUAAUACUGCAGUGACUGCCGCCGUUGCGCUGCCUAAAGGUUGUUCUCCAUCGUCAAUCAUACAGACUUCGAGAUUAUCUCCACAUGAAAAUAAUAAUUCUCAAAUGUUGACUGGUUUCACUACUGGUCAAUAUGAACAAAAUCAACCACUUCCACCACUCAAUCGUCUUCCACCAAUGCCACUGUCGUUAGAUCAACUCUAUGCUGGUAAUAGCAAUGAUUCUCUUCGUAAACCACAAUAUACUGAAUUAAUAACAAGAGAAUCUUUACAGUAUCGGGAACAACAUUUAGGGCAGUCAGCAGAAAAUUAUUAUUCUUCUGUACACAGUGAAGGAACAGGACCGACAAGUGACUUAUAUGCAGAAAUUGCUAACAGUAGUGCAUCUGGUACUGUUCCAACACAAUAUCAAAAUCGAACAACAACAAAUCGUCAACCAAUUUAUUAUAGUGACGAUCAGUCGGAACGUUAUGCUGUUAUUGAAAGUGAUUCCCAUCUAAUAGCACUACCAGAUCCAACAAGAAUUUAUCAUGAAUUGGAUCCUUUAACAACAACAACAACAGCUCCAGAUUCAACAUCAAUAACAAUGAAACUUUAA